CUGCCAUGUUUAGCUGCUUUGUUGUAGAUUUCUUGUAGGUUUCCUGCAGAUUUUUAGCUAAGUGUUGCAAUGGAGCCGAGCUGGAGCUCAUUUUUAUUUCAGACAAAUGACACUCUCCACCACCAGCACCAGGUUGGCCAGAACAGUCUGCUGCCUCUGCUCAAUGCUGGAGCAGAGCCCCAAGACCAAAAGCCUGUGCUCCCCAUCCCACUGGAGCAGAAGCCUCCAGUCAGUGCAGCUGAGCUCCUCAAGGACAACAUGGCCGGUGGGACAGGUGGAGGGGGUGGGGGAGGUGGGGGAGGUCCUGUGGUGGUUAAGAAGGAGCCCAAAUCAAAAACACCCUUCAUCUGCGGCUACUGUGGCAAGUCGUUCCGAGACAGCUACCAUCUGCGGCGGCAUGAGUCUUGCCACACGGGCAUCAAGAUGGUGUCCCGGCCCAAGAAGACACCAGCAGCGCCCACCAUGGUGCCCAUGAUCUCCACUGUGCAGCAGCGGGAUAGCAACGGCAACCCCACCUAUGUCUCUGCUGCAGGUAUCCUGACAACAGGUACCAAUUCGGCCACAGUGGCAGUGGGCACAAUGGCCACUCUACCCCAGCAGCAGCCCAGUGUACCCAAAAAGCCCCCAAAGCCAGUGAAGAAGAACCAUGGCUGCGAGAUGUGUGGUAAAGCUUUCCGUGAUGUCUACCACCUGAACCGGCACAAGCUGUCACACUCGGACGAGAAGCCUUUUGAGUGUCCCAUCUGCCACCAGCGCUUCAAGAGGAAGGACCGCAUGACCUACCAUGUGCGUUCACAUGACGGUGGUGUGCACAAGCCCUACAUCUGCUCUGUCUGUGGCAAAGGCUUCUCCAGGCCAGAUCAUCUCAGCUGUCACGUUAAACACGUCCACUCUACAGAGCGGCCUUUUAAAUGCCAAGUAACGGCCUGCACAUCUGCUUUUGCCACCAAAGACCGCUUGCGUUCACACAUGAUCCGGCACGAGGGUAAAGUCACCUGCAACAUAUGUGGCAAAAUGCUGAGCGCAGCUUACAUCACCAGCCACCUGAAGACACACAGUCAGGCCGGCUUCACUUCGCCCUGUAACAAAGGUACGCCAGCCCUCGCCCCUCACUCCACCUCCUCCUCCUCUACCACUUCCUCCUGGCCUCCGCUCGCCUCGGCUGCGCCAAACCAGGACAACACACAUUCAGACACUAACAACGCAUGCAACUCUGCCUCAGCCACACCAGUCACUGCCUCGGCCACCGCCGCCAGCACUGCCAGCAUGAACCGUGGAACCGUCAGCAACCCCGUCACUAUCUCCUCCAACACAGUGAAUAUCACAGCACCGGUGAGUCUGCAGCACCCAGUGACCAUCACUGCUCCAGUCAAUAUCGCUUCGGUGAACAUCCCUGCCACAGCAACCGGCAUGAACAUCGCCCACCCGGUGGCCAUCAGCACCCCCAUGCCCAUGAACAUCACUGGCCCCCUCAACAUCGCCAUGAGGCCCAUGGAGAGCAUGCCGUUCCUCUCACAGGUUCUGCCUUCCUCGCCACCCUGGUAGAACCCAAAUAUCUUCUGAUUACUCAUCCAACCCAGUGUGUCUUAUUUUAAAUCCUGUUCUGGUCUUCCAUUAGUAGCGUGCUGUGAAGAAAGGGCAAGCAAGGACGUAAGGUAGAAGUUCCAAGCUUAGUGUGGAUAGACAGUAGCAGCAGAUGAGGAAAAAGUAAAGACCUAGUUGGUGUUAGGUGGCGUUCUGUUUAUCCUUAUUUUGGCUAUUGGCUAAGCAGAACUAGAAAUGUAUAGAGUUUAGAGAAAUAGCUUAAGGAAGGGGGGGGAAAGGUGGUUAAUGUAAGGAGUGGAGGCUGACAUGCUGUACGUUUGGUGAUUUUUCGCUUCAUUAGUGACAGAAGAUCUCAGCCAAUAGCCAUUUGGAGAGGAGCAAAUUGCUUCGUCAGUUUUUUGAACUGUGAUGACUUUAUUUUUUGUUUAUUUUUAGCUUGCUGAUCAGUAUUCCCUAGUUUUAUUGCAUUAUGUACUACAAAAAAGGACAGGAGCUUCCAUUUGUGGUAGAUCAUUAUUUUUAAUACUAUCUGAAUAAGAGGCUGUUCUGGUUUUACGUUCACUGUAAGCCACUUAAAACUGUAGCUGUUAUUCUAGUUUUUAAAUAUCUUCUGGAGUUGAUCAUUCCUGGUAGAAGAAAGAUUAUGUACUAUUGUUUUGAAUAGCUGGGGCAUGUUUCUGCUUAGUGGGUGUUGGACAUGAAAUUGAUCAAGUCUUGCACUGACAACAUAUCUGAUUGGUGAUAUUCUAAUGGCAGUAUUAUGAGAUGUUUUUAAAUUUGCGGAGUUAAGCAUCUUUAUGUUGAUGUCGGGCAGUCGAGUAGCCAUGUUCACUGAAGGGAGUUCACAAGAUCUAAAUGUGAUCUUUUUAAUUGUGUUUAGUCAGUAAGAACUCUUUAUUCUUCGUCCUUUAAGGAUGAGGGCUGUACUCGCAUUGACCUCUUCUCAGGCUCUUUACUGAGAGUAUCCCACUCAUUUGACACUCAUGUUGGUGAAAUCAUGUCUAACACUUCUGAAUUUUUCACCUCCUUAGGCUACGUUUACACUAGACCGUAUCUGUCUCGUUUUCUUCGCGGACGCACUGUCCGUUUACAUUAACCCCCCUGAAAAAGCGGGGAAACGGGAAUCCGCCAGCGUCCACGUAUUCAAUCUAGAUCGUAUCAGCUCCGGUGCUGUGUAAACAUUGAGAAUACGCGAAUACGCUGUGCUGAGCUCUAGCUGGCGUCUCAUUGGACAACGUCACUGUGACAUCCACCUUCCUGAUUCGCUGGCGUUGGUCAUGUGACGCGACUGCUGAAAAACGGCGCAGACUUCCGCCUUGUAUCACCUUUCAUUAAAGAGUAUAAAAGUAUGAAAAUACUGCAAAUACUGAUGCAAAUACUGCCCAUUGUGUAGUUAUGAUUGUCUUUAGGCUUGCCAUCCUUCCACUUGCAAGUAAUAAGUGAUAUGCGCUGGGAUCUCACACACAGCGGCUCAGUCCCGAAUCGUGGCUUGUUCACUUCACUCGCGCGCUGUGUGAGCUGCGCAGGGCCGGAGUGCGCACCCUCCAGAGGGCACUCGCUGUUCAGGGCGGAGUGAUUUGGAGCGCAGGAUGCCUGCGGAGCCGAGCGUAUUCGCGUAUUGGUGUUGCUGUGUGUACGGCUAACGGUUUUAGUGUCAACGCGAAUCGUUUUAAGAACGUUAAUCUGAUGAUCCGCUGAUUCGACGUAAUGUAAACGUAGCCUUAAUACACUAAAUCAUUUUAUCCUUGUUGUUGUCCUAUAAAAGUGACAGUAACUACCUGGGUGGAAGAUACAUUUUGUUACAUUUAUUAUGGGUGGGUUUGUUUGUUUGUUUGUUUGUCUCCCCCACCCCUUGAUUACAGUUAAGCCAAAACUGCCAUCUGAUGAUUAGGGUAUGUUGGCUUGGUUUUUCAGUGACACUUUUCUGUGUUCCAAAUGACUGUAGGGAGCUAGGAAUGAACAAAGGCAAAGCGUUUCAUCCAUUUUGGAUGGCAAAAGCAAUAUCUAAGUUGCACUGCUAAUCCAUUCCAUUCGUUUCUGAUCAGUGACAUUUCAAUGUUUUAAGUUUCUCACGUUUCUGUAUAGUCCCCUCUCAUGAGAAUGUACUCUAUACGAUUAUCAUGAGUCAGGACAAGUAUGAAAAUCGGCUGAAUGUGCUCAUACAAAGCACUUUGUAGACAACAAAGUAAUUUCUCAGAUGUGCUUUAUUUUUAUUUGACCUGACCUGGGAAAUUAAUUUAGUAAGCAGUAAUUAUACUUAAAUGUGAUUCUUUGCUGAUCAGAGAUGUAAUGGAUUUGGGAGGAAAAACAGAUAUGGACUGUAAAUUAAGCAAAGCCUAAGAGCUACUGGAUGUUCACUUUUUUCAUGAAUUAUUUUGUCUCCCCAUUUCAACUUGUAACAACUUCUUCAUGCAUUGCAUGAACUUUUUCCAGUUAAAAACUAAGCACCUAAAACGAUUUUCACGGUCAUGAUGCCCUUCAGAGAACGUUGCCUAGUUUUAACGGGGGUGUCGUCUUUUCCCUAAACUUUGAGACCUGGAAUUUGGAGAAUGGAACUGAUGUGACUGGUUCAAAGCAUUACAGAACUUUUGGAGUACACUUGUGAUAAAUGUAUGGCCCUCCAGUGGCAUCCCUUCUGUGCCUGAUCUGAAAAUGCCACAUAGGAACAUGACUGUCCUGUUUACCAAAUCUCUGUGAAGAUUUUAGAUCUAUUUUGCUUUGGAGAUUAUCACAUAUGAGGAAUUAUGAAUUUGUCAUUAGCCUUUUUUUUUUCCCCUGAAGUAUUGUUUUUUUUUUCCUUUUUUUAUGCCUUAUGCACCAACAGUAUCUUUUAAAAAAUGUUUGUUUGAUUAUUAGUGAGAGGUGGGAGAUAUUUUAAGUUUUACAUUGGAGAAUAAAGCAGUAGAUCCUACCUUUUUCAGUUUGCUUUGAUGAAUUGGCAAAACCAUGUGAAUGCCAGUGAAUGUAUAUCUUUGUACAAAAGUUAGCUCAGAGGAUGUCAUAGGUAUGGUAGACAAGUGCAAGGGAAAAAAAUAACCUUUUAUAAAACAUUUUGUAUUAGAACAUUAACAUUGAUAAUUUUGUAUAUAUGAAGACUAGAAAAUUUUUGGUUAGCAGAAAGGUGAAGCAUUCCUACAUUUUUUUAAAUGUAUGUAUGUCACGAACAGUUAUGUAAACACAAUGUUUUAUGUGCCUUUUAUUUGGGUUGUCUAAAUAAAAGAAAAUUGUAAAACAUG